UUUAAACUCGCCCACAACCUUCUGCUGCGCACAAGCACUUGCAACAUUUGUUGACAAUUUCUUUGAAUUUUUGUUGACGUCUUCUUGUUUUUAUAUCUGCACUUCAUAGUGUGAUUUUUAGGCUUUUGGAAGAAUGAAAGGCUACAUAGCUGUCAUCUUCAGUGUGGCAGCACUGAGUAGAUAUGCAUUCGCUGCAGGCACCAAGGAGUUAUCCAUCACCACCAUCAAGCAAGACCCGUACGCCAUGAGCAAAGGCUCUGGAGGAGAGCUGGAGGGCUACUGCAUCGACCUGAUCCACGAGCUCAGCCAUAUGCUUGGCUUUAGAUACAAAUUGCAUGUGGUGAAGGACAACCGCUACGGAGCCAUGGACUCCAGCGGCAACUGGAAUGGAAUGAUUGGUGAAAUCAUCAGAGGAGAAGCUGACCUGGCUGUGGCGCCACUGACCGUCACCUCCGUCAGAGAGCAAUAUGUGGACAUGACAACGCCCUUCAUGCAAACAGGCAUCAGUUUCAUUCUGCAAAAAGACGAGCACCCAUUCAGCCUUCUGGCACCCUUCUCCACUGAGACGUGGGUGGGCAUCCUCAUUGCCUUCAUGCUCACUGGGCUUUGCAUAUUCCUUGUGGGCAGAAUCAGUCCUACUGAAUGGGCCGAGCCCGACACAGACCAGCACCAAUUCACUUUGCUGCACAGCUACUGGUACAUCAUAGGAGCGCUCACAUUGCAAGGUGCUGGUCCUCAUCCUAAAGCUGUGUCUGGAAAACUAGUUAGUGCUAUCUGGUGGUUGUUUGCUAUACUGCUGCUCGCGUGCUAUUUGGCCAACUUCGACUCUGCGCUGCACUCGGACGACGAGCGUAACUCGAUCAAGACUUUUGAAGACCUCGCCAACCAGGACAAAAUCGACUUUGGCACAGUGGAAAAUGGAUCCACUAUGCGUUUCUUUAAGGAUUCAAAGAUCGCCGUGUAUCGCCGCAUCUACCAGCAGAUGGAGCGUAAGAAGAGCUAUGUGCCAAAUAUGGAGGAAGGCGUUCGUCGCGCUCGGGAGGGAAACUACGCCCUCAUUGGUGAAACUGUGUCCUUGGAUUUGGAUGUGGCUCGCCACUGUGAACUGACCCGUUCAGAAGAUGUCAUCUCCAUGAGAGCUUAUAGCAUCGCUGCACGUCAGGGCUCGCCAUUGAUAAAAAACCUCACCAUGGCCAUUCGUCAGCUGAGCGAAUCUGGCGAGCUGUCUUAUUUACGGGACAAGUGGUGGACUAGCAGUUGCAUGGAUGACGACGAGGCCCGCACCUCAGACACCCUCCGACCUUACGACCUGCGGUGUCUCUUUAUCCUUCUCGGUCUCGGUUUGGGUGUGGGCCUCCUUUUCGCCGUGCUCGAGCUCCUAUUCAAGGCUCGCGAGCGGGCCUUGGAACAGAAGAAAUCAUGCUGCUCAGUACUGACCUCUGAGCUUACGCGACGCUUUGGCGGUGAAGGAGAGGCGGCACAGCAAGACGCAACGGACAAAAGUAAAGCCUGAUUCAAACAAACUACAGACAGAGACAAACUGAUACUAUUUUCUUCCCUCCAGUACAUAGAAACAUUUUUUUUUCUGUGUUUCCAACGUAACACCUUUGUGUUUGGUGAUGUUUAAUUGCUGUCCAGAAAUCUGUGUGACAUUAUAAAACACAACAGUAAGUAAUUUGAUGCAAACAAGUUGUACUAACAUUUUAAUGGGGAAAAUGCUAAUCACUAUGUACUAAUAAUUCAUGAUGUCCCCAAUUAUAAUGAUGCCGAGUGUAUCUUGCUUCAUUCAUUCAAAUAAAUAGUCCACCAUUCAAAGUUC